ACUGUGAACCUCUGUUAACGCCAUGUUGAUGUUUGUGAGUAUGCAUAUCAGUGGGACACUGGCGUGUGUCUGAAUGUCUGCGUGUAUUUGUAUCUGUGCAGAUGCACGCCGUGCGACUGGAUGUUUGAGCCACAAAGCGGGGAAGAAAGAAAAAAAGGUUUAAAAGUUUGGAGUGGGAGGAGAGACGGUGGCAGAGAGAGAGAGAGGAGGGUUCAAGUUUCAGGUUACCUGGAGUACUUUUGUUUUGUUUUGUCAGCAGGGCUUGGUCAUUCACCAACUAUCAGGCUCCACACCAGCGCACUUUAAUACUUCCUCGGGCUCUCGACGAGGGGCAGACACCCUUCAGGACGGAUUUCGUUUCACUGCUGUAGAAAGGAAAGGAGAGAAAGAAUAGAUUGAGAGAGAGACGGAGUACGACCAGGUGUUUUUAGUAGAGCGAGAGCUUGGACAGGGUGAGAGGAAGAGGACGAAGGAAAUCCAGGUGAGAGUUACUGGGGAGUCCCACUUCCAGGACAGAGGGCAGUGUUGACUCGGUGCUCCGUGUAGAGCACAACAAGGACAGCGACAUCAUGUGGACGAGCGCCCAGGUGCCUGAGGACAGCAAUAGACCUUUGAAUCCAAGGCAGGCAGCGGCUCCACAGCCCGGCCGCCACAGAAAGCCCAUGACAGCUCCAAAGACUCAGAAAGACAAGGCGUCUAAGAGGAAGAAGGUGUUGUUCACUGUCCUGACAGUUGUGAUCUUACUGGGCAUACUGGUCACAGCAGCAUACUUCAUUAAGCAGCUGAUUGACAGCAAAUAUUUCUUCUGCAAGAGUUCAGUGAAGUUCAUUCCAAUAGACAAAGCCUGUGACGGGGAAAAUGACUGUAGAGGAGGAGAGGAUGAAAUUACAUGUGUGGCCAGCUUUACGGUCAACACUACCUUUCCAGUGCGUCUCACGACAGGGCGGCAGGUCCUGCAGGUGUACAGUCAGGGCCAAGGCUGGCGAAGUGUGUGCAGCGACAACUGGACCGAGCAGAACACAAAGACGGCAUGCGAACAACUAGGCUACACAUCUAAACCUCGUAGCACCAGUGUCCCAGUGAACACCUUGGUGUCUUCCCUGAAAAACGGACGGUUCACAGCUAUCAAGCCUGGUAUUACGAACACGCCCAUCCAUCAGGCUACCAUAGACCACAGUGUAUGCAAAUCUGGAUCAGUGGUAUCUUUGGCAUGUUCAGACUGUGGUGAGGUGGGCACUCUGGGCCGUAUUGUCGGGGGAACAGAUGCUUUCAUUGAGGACUGGCCCUGGCAGGUUAGCCUGCAACAGGGGGGCCAUCACACAUGUGGAGGCUCACUGGUGUCACCACGUUGGGUCGUCACUGCCGCCCACUGCUUUACUGGUAGUAAAAAGGAGCUGAGUCGCUGGAGAGUGGUGUCAGGCCGGACAUACAUUGGCACACUUGGAGGUUCCUAUGUGGACAGGAUCAUAUUGAAUGGAGAUUAUGACCCAGUACGAAACGACUACGACAUUGCACUGAUGAGACUCAGCAGACCAAUCACAGUGGGAGAGAGCCGCAAGCCAGUUUGUCUACCUCCUAAUGCCUUUGGCCUUCUUGCCUCAACCUCCAUGGCCGUGACUGGCUGGGGAUACCUGGAGGAAAAUGGUAAGGUCUCUCCUUCACUUCAGAAGGCCUUUAUUCCUCUGAUAGACCAGGCUAAGUGUUCCAGCCCCUCACUGUAUGGUAGUGCCAUAACCCAAAGGAUGAUCUGUGCUGGUCUACUGAAGGGGGGAGUGGAUGCCUGCCAGGGGGACAGUGGGGGUCCUUUGGUGUACCUCACCUCCUCUCGAUGGCAUCUGAUUGGAGUGGUGAGCUGGGGCGUUGGCUGUGCUCUGGGAGAGAAGCCAGGCGUUUACUGCAAUGUGGAAGAGAUGUUAAACUGGAUUCAUACAGUCGUCGAGGUACAGAAUACAAAAUGAUGCAUAAUUGUGAUGCUGCAAUACAUUCAAACCCGUCCUGAUUAUUUUUAACUAACCCAUCCCUCCAGAAACACCCCCUGACAGUCCUCCAUGAUGAAGAGCAGCUUCCUCAGACUCCAUCAACCUUGGACCGCCUGUGAAACGAAAAGAAAGUUUUUAAUUAAUGUGGCUGACAGAAGUAGAGAAAAGGGUUAAAGUUAAACUGUUGAUCACAGCCAUAUGCAAGAACACACACACAUACACGUAUACACACACACAUACACACACACACAACUUAUUACAGGUGUUGUUUGGGCCAUUUCAGGUUCUUAUCUCAGGGGACAACUAUAUUAUUGUUCGGUUAUGUGUACUUUUACAAUGUCGUAAUCUGACAGACCCAAUUCAAUGAAUAAUGCAAUUUUUAAGAAAAUAGUCAUUGGUUUUAAAGUGAGGACUUGGUAAUGCGUACACAACCUGUUUAGGGUGGGAAGCUUUUGGACCAUAACCGCCUGGCAGACCUUAACCAUAAUGUACUUUAUUAGGUGCUAUGAUUUAAGGUGUGCAAUGUGUUUUGAGCGUUCAUACCGUGAACAGGGUAAAUGUGAGCUAUGCUAAUAUCAGCAGAAGUCUUAGGGAAACUUCAGGUUAAUAUCACCAAUAUAAGUAAUUCAUAGUCCAGAAGCCUUCAUGGUGCUCACGUUUCAGUUGAUCUGAUGUGUGUCUUGAUUACAGGGAAAAUGCACCAUUUUCAACAAAUGUUCUCACUUCCUUCAACAAAGCUAUUUAAAUAAGCACUUUAAAGUGGAAAGUGAGAAUUACUUGACCUUACCUUAUGUACAGAUGAUUCAAGUUGCUGGUCAGAUAAAGCACUGAAGACUAACAUUCAAUAUUUACGUUUCAAAUUACAAGGGACUUUUAUUCAGAAAACUCACACCCCGGCCAACAUAUUCAGGGUGGUGGUCAGUUUUUCCCUGUUUUAAAAGCUAAAACGUAAAUAAAUAUAAGUUGCUAAAGUUUAAAAGUGAGGAACAAUGAUUAUAUUAUGUUUAUUAAAAUGUGUGCACUCAGCCAACACCCUGUCAUUAUUUCUUCUAUUUUAAUCAUUCCAUUUGUAGAAAGGUAAAAGAAUACAUCUACCUGUAUUUCUGGUUUAUAUAUCAUUCUCUUGUCUAUGGAGAUUCACAGGGUUUAACUACUUAGAAAUAACAUUUCUUUCAAGAUUUGGAGCGUGGCAUGGUGGCUGAUAAUGUUUGACUGUACAUUUUGUUCAUUUUAUAUACCUGUAAAUAAGUUGUAAAUAUAAUAAAGACAUUGUGCA